UCUUCAUCUGUUCUGAACUAUUGCACCCGCUGGUCUGCGGAUAAAAGAGGUCGAGAGAAGUAAGAUAACGAAAGGAAGAGUAUCUGACUACAGCUUGUGCUUGGUUUUGUUCUGUCAGCGUUUGGGAUAAGUCAGUCAGCAGCUUGUCCGGAAAUUUGCCAUCAAGCAGACAGACCCGUGAUCCUACACCCCACACAGACUACACAUAUUGCCAGAACAGAAAGCUCAGAUUCCGGAUAGUCAACAUGAGUGCGAUCCUCUCUGCUCAGGAUUUGAACGAUUUCAUCGGACCCGGACUGGCGUGCAUCAACCCUGUUGUUGUCAACAAGUCUGACAAUGCUGGCCACACCGAAAUCAGAAUCGACGCUACAGGCAACCCCGUCGAAGUCUCGCUCGACGGCGACGCGAACGCAGCUCCCCAGACAACUUCACUCACGCCCGCGCAAAUAAACCUCUCAGACUGUCUCGCCUGCAGCGGAUGCGUCACCUCUGCCGAGUCCGUGCUGAUCUCGCUGCAAAGCCAUACCGAGCUUCUUUCGGUUCUGAGAGCGGCGCGAGCAAAGAGCGGUGGCGAGGUUGAUGUGGAGAUGAGUGACGCGACGACGACGACAGCAACAACAGAGCACAAAAAGCUCUUUGCGGUCUCGAUAUCGCAUCAAUCCCGCGCAUCCCUCGCGGCGGCAUUUAACAUCCCUGUCGCAGCGGUCGACGCAAAACUCGCGACUCUGUUCAAAGACAUCCUCGGGUUCCAGUAUAUGGUCGGCACCGGAGUCGGACGACAGAUUUCAUUGACAUACUCUGCGCGAGAGGUUUUGGUGAACAGCGGGCGGAUGAGCAAGGCCAGCGGAGCGACUGAUACCGACGUUGUUGAUUUCAGCUCGAUGAGGAUAAGCGAUGACGACAGCGAGAAAUCGGCGACGAAGAGCAACACACAGAAGAAACCGAUAAUCUCGAGCGCGUGCCCGGGAUGGAUCUGCUACGUCGAAAAGACGCAUCCGCAUAUAAUACCGCAUCUGUCCGCGAUCAAAUCCCCCCAGCAAAUCACAGGCUCGCUUCUCAAACGGCUGAUUGCGCGCGAGAACCCGGGGAUUUGCGAAAGCGAGAUAUACCACGUGAGCGUGAUGCCGUGCUUUGACAAGAAGCUGGAGGCGAGCCGGAAAGAUUUCGCGAGCUGUGAGAAUGUGAAGGAUGUGGACUGUGUGAUUACGACGAAGGAGGUGGUGCAGUUGCUGUUGGAUGAGAAUAUUGAUUUCAUGGGGAUCAAGGAGACGCCUGCGGAGGAGAUGCUGGGGACGUUGAAGAGCAUGGCGCCUGGUGAGUGGCCUGUUGAGCAGAGCUGGGAAUCGAACGAGGGUAGCUCGUCAGGCGGAUACCUGCACCACGUCCUAUCAUCGAUCGCGCAGCACGCUCAAAAGACCGAAAACAGACAGUCGAGCGUGAAGGCUGUGCCGGGCAAGAACUCGGAUAUGGUGGAAUACCACCUGCUCGACACGUCGACAGGCGAGGUGAUUGCGAAAGCAGCACAGGUCUACGGAUUCAGAAACAUCCAGAACUUAGUCCGCAAGCUGAAACUCCCCGGAAAAGGCAACGCCCGCGCAGUCGUGUCUCGUCGCCGAGCUACGACGGCGGCGGUCGCGACGAUGAAUCCUGCGGAAUACGACUACAUCGAAGUAAUGGCCUGCCCCGGCGGCUGCAUCAACGGCGGCGGCCAAAUCGGGGCUCCGGCCGAGUCUGGCAGCAGCGAGAAAGACUGGCGCGAGACCGUCGAGGCCGCGUACCGCACGAUCGCGAGCGCGGCGGUGGAUGAUGACGGGGUGGCGGGGUGGGUGGAUCGCGUGUGGGCGGGUCCGGCGGAGGCGGAGAGCGUGGAGAGGUUGGUGGAGACGGGGUAUCGCGCGGUCGAAGGGUUUGAUGCGAACGUGAUGCCUGCGGUGUUGGUGGGUGAUAAGUGGUAGGCUGGUCUGUACAUUGUUUCUGCUUUCAUGAGUUUUCAAGAGGUUUUCAUGAGGUGUUGUGGGAUCAGAUGGUUUGCAUCGGAGCUGAUUUGUUUGUCUAUAAUGCCUGU